GCAAAUAGCAAUUCGCUCUAUUGUUGUCUAAUUUCUGUUAGAUUAAAAAGCAACAUGGCAUCCCCCCAACAUCAGCAGCUGCUGCCUCACAACACAGAGGUGAGCUGUGACUCAAGCGGCGAGGGCAGCGUCUCCGUGAGGAUCAGCAGAGGCUUCAUGGGGGGCGGGUCCAAACACUGCAAGUACAGCAUCUCCUCUAGCUGCAGCUCGGGAGAGUCCGGGGUUCUCAGGCCCGUGGUUAAGGGGCUGCGAACCCAGAGGAAGAUGCCCCAGCUGUUCGAAAGGUCUGCUGGACACUUCUGGGACCCAAAGUUUGACUCUCCCAUCCUGGAGGAGGCAUGUAGGGAGAGGUGCUUUCCCCAGACCCAGCGGAGGUUCCGCUACGUCCUCUUCUACCUGUUCGCCGCCAGCCUCCUCUGGGGGGUGUACUUCAGUGCCAACCCCGACCGGUGUGACCGAACUGCCUUCCUCGUCCCCACCGCCUGCUUCCUCCUCUUCUGCCUCCUCCUCUUCCUUUUGACAUUCACAAGGAUCUACGCCCGCUGCUACAACCAGGCGUCGCUGCUGCUCAUCGUGGUGACCUUUGCCCUCACCCUGGCACCACAGAUCCAGACAGCCGGCUUCAGGGACCUGGAGACCCUCCCUCCUGAGGAUGUGGUGGAGGAUGUGGGGGACUUCAGUGGCAUGGAGCCCAGGAAUGUUACCUUCAACCGGGACUUACCCACGGGCUGCGCCUGCCUAUCUCCAGUAGGGACCUUCUCCCUGGGCAUGGAGGUGCUGCUGCUACUCUACAGCGUCCUCCACGUCCGACUCUAUGCCUCGGUGCUACUGGGACUUCUCUACUCUGUGCUCUUUGAGGCUCUGGGAUGGCUUCACCUCACCCAGGCUGCUGGGGAUGGUUGGAGCCAGGCCUCGGAGGGGUCAGACUCUGACUGGGACACUCUACGCUGGCUGGGGCCAGCCAAAGCUUUGCUCCACCUGUGCGCCCACGCCAUCGGCAUCCACCUUUUCAUCAUGUCUGAGGUGCGAUCGCGAAGCACCUUCCUCAAGGUGGGCCAGGCCAUCAUGCACGGCAAGGACCUGGAGGUGGAGAAGGCGCUGAAAGAACGCAUGAUCCACUCUGUGAUGCCUCGGAGGGUGGCUGACGACCUGAUGAAGCAGGGCGACGAGGAAGGCUUGGCGGGCGGGAGCUCGGCCAAGCGCUACUCCAGCAGCGGCGCGGCGGCCGUCAUCUCCAGUCCCAAGAACAACAAGAGGAAUAAGACCUCAAUCCCGAGAGGCCAGAUCAUCUUCAGACCCUUCAACAUGAAGCGCAUGGAGCCCGUCAGCAUCCUCUUCGCGGAUAUCGUAGGCUUCACCAAGAUGUCUGCCAACAAGUCGGCACACGCUUUGGUGGGGCUCCUCAACGACCUCUUUGGACGUUUUGACCGGCUGUGCGAGCUGACGUGCUGUGAGAAGAUAAGCACCCUCGGGGACUGCUACUACUGUGUGGCAGGCUGCCCUGAACCUCGGGCCGACCAUGCCUACUGCUGCGUAGAGAUGGGGCUGGGCAUGAUCCAAGCCAUCGAACAGUUCUGCCAGGAGAAGAGUGAGAUGGUUAACAUGAGGGUGGGUGUCCACACGGGCACUGUCCUGUGCGGUAUCCUAGGGAUGAAGCGAUUUAAGUUCGACGUGUGGUCCAACGACGUGAACCUGGCCAAUUUGAUGGAGCAACUGGGCGUGGCCGGGAAGGUGCACCUAUCAGAGGCAACCGCCAACUUCCUGGAUGACCGGUACCAGAGGGAGAACGGACGGGUCACUGAGAGGGUUGGACAGAGCGUGGUGGCGGACCAGCUGAAAG